AAUUUUAUUAAAAAUGGCUGCGUCCAUGGGGAAAGUAGUCUGAAGAAAAUCGUUUAAUUUUACAUCGUAAUCAAGCAUAUCACUAAUCUAAACAUGGCUGAGGAACCAAAGAAGGAUGAUAAGAAGCACAAGACGUGUAAAAGUCGCCGAGAAACUGCUGUCCAAGGGACCAAUGACAACUCCAUAGUGAGUAAGUGUUCCAUGGCUGCCAUUGGCUACUUUGAUGAUGUCUACCUCCAGGAGUUUGUGUCAAAGGUCACAAGAAGGGCUCCCCUCAUACACAGAGGUUAUUUCGUUCGGGCUCUGACAAUAGACCAUAUACUUCAGAAAUUCCUUACCCUACACCAAGGACCAAAACAGAUUAUCUCCCUUGGAGCAGGCUUCGACUCUGCCUACUUUCGCCUGAAAGCUGCCGACAAAUUGAGAAAUGUUUCAUUCUAUGAGGUGGACUUCCCAGAGGUGGUGAAAAGGAAAUGUGCUAUUAUAAAGGCUAAGGACAUCCUAAGUGAUCUCAUUCCAGGCUUUCAUCAGCAACAUACUGACCAGAACCCACUCAUCGAGAUACACACACCAGGUUACACCUUGGUUGGUGUUGAUCUAACUCAGCUGAACACCCUGGAGGCUGUGCUGACCCACUGUGGCGUGGACACUGACCGGCCUACUCUCCUGCUGUCUGAGUGUGUUCUCACCUACAUGACACGUCGCUGUUCCUCUGCUGUCCUGAAGUGGGCCUCAGAAACCUUCAUCAAUGCUGUGUUUGUUUUAUAUGAACAGAUAAAUCCCUAUGAUGCCUUUGGACUAUUUAUGCAAAGACAUUUCCAGGUAGUCGGUUCACCACUCCGAUGUAUCACUGCCUUUCCCACACUGCAGUCCCAACAGGAGCGGUUCCUAAAACUGGGCUGGGAAUGGACAGAGGCACUGGAUAUGAACCAGAUUUACACGACACUGGUGACCGGCCAACAGCACCACCUGGUGGAAAUGAUGGAGCCAUUUGACGAGUACGAAGAAUGGCAUCUUAUGAGUAGUCAUUACAUGGUUAUGUGUGGUUACAUUGGAGACUGUAAUAAACUUCUACAGGACAUAUCCCAGAAAACCUACAAACAUUUGGACAGCACAGAUCCGGACCUGCCAAGUGUUUGUGUAGAACAUGUGCCUGUAAGCUAUCCUAUGUUGCGAUUUGGUCAUAGCAGUACACAUCUCCAUGGUAACAACUUCUUUGUGACUGUGGGAGGCUUCGGGGAGCAGUAUGGUAAACACAGACGGCUCAUUGAUGUUGUUGUAACAGACCUGACCACUUACGGUUCUCGCUUCCAUUACCCGAGUGUGGAUCCAAAGACAAUUGAGGUCAAUCGGAUGCAUCAUGUGAUAUGUGCUAUGAAAGAUAACUCUGUUCUGCUCAUUGGAGGGAGGACAUCACCGAUCAGACUCUGUCAUCAAGUUGUUAGACUGAGUUUCAUUGGUUUGGAUAAUAACCAAUCAGAAACCACAAUUAGCAAAGAAAUUUCAACUUCUGACCAUUCAGAGCAGCUGUUGAAGACCAAUGAUUCCAUAGUAAACAAUUCCAGGACACAAGAAGAAACUAACAACACAGUGGAGACUGAGAGUACUGCUACUAAUAUAAGAAACGUUCAGGAUAGUGUACCAAAUAUAGAAAAUUCAGGUGAAUGCUCCUGUGAUAGUUUAGCAGAAAGUGUUUCAAGACAGUGUGGAUUGAAUAGUAAAGUUAGAAAUCCUCAGGUAUCGAAACCGGCAAAUGUGAAUAAAACGUCAAAGUCUGACGCAGAAAGACCUGAGUGUGUGUUAGGUAAUUCUGUGAUAGAGCCGAGAAAUCCAUGUCACAGGGAAACGGGAAAGAGCAAAAAUAACGGAAAUUCAAAUCACAGGGGUGCAAGAAAUGCGGCAAGAAAUUCAAGUCGAAAGAACAAAGGAAAGGACGAGAAUAAAGAGUUUGUGACUGACGGAAAAGGAGGGCCCCUUAAUGUUGAUAUUAGUGUGAUGUCCGUUAGUGGGGAUAUCCCAUGUCCACGGUGGAGGCAUUCUGCCCUAGUAGUCAACAGGGGAGGUGUGGAAUGUGUUUUCCUGUUUGGGGGACGGACUGAGAAUGUUCUUGCACUCAACGAUGGGUACUUCCUGGACACCGUCUCGGGCAGAUGGUCUAAGGUGUCAUCUGCUGAGUCGGCUUUUGUCCCAGUUCCAAGACAGGCCCAUUCCAUCACGAUCUGGGGUCAAAAGGUCAUACUGUCAGGUGGCCUUGACUCGCACCUACAUCCCUUGAACUCUGUACACACUUUUGAUGUCACUACCUGUGAAUGGGAAACCUUUGCUUUAAAGGGACUCAUGCUGAGUCGGUAUUCCCAUUCUAGUCAUGUGAUUGGAGAGUACUUGGUGCUCAUUGGUGGAGUGAACUUUAACCACACCCAGCCAGGAGUGGCUCUCGUACACCUGCCGUCCCUCAUCUCUCUCGAGUUUCCACUACAGGCCCAGAAGAAGGAGUCCAUUGUGAUGCUACAUCGACACACCAGCGUGUACCUCGGGGAUUACAGUUUUGUUGUGAUUGGGGGCGGGGGAAAUUGUUUCUCCUUCGGCACCCACCUUAACACAACCCCACUGAAACUUGACCUCACAGACUGCUUCAGUAAGAUGGAGGAUCACAUCAAAAACCAAAGUACAGACUGAGUGAGAGGCAUCAUAGGAAUUAAUACAGAAAAGGGCAUUGUUUCUGCUCUAAAAAUUGUCACAAGAUGGACAUUUUAGUUAAGAUUUUCCUUGUCUGACUAAAACAAUUCCUGGCAUUAUGCUCAAAAUAUUAAAUGUAUUGAUAAUUCAACACUUAGGCAUGGAGGUCUUAUGUCCUUAAAGUAAUGGUGGUUCAAUAUUCUGGUAGAGAAAUCCAGGUAAAUAAGUUAAGGAGUGUCAACAACCAAGAUUCUGUAAUUAAAGACUUCAUUUUGGAUGGCUAGGCCAACUGUCAUCAGAAGUCCGAAUAUGGAUUGACCUAGCCAUCCCAAGCAUGUAAGCAAUUAAAACUAAUAAAUUAUAGAAAACUAGAGGUUGACACUCCUCCCGUUACCUGCUUGUAAUAUUAUGGUAAGUGAAUUCCACAGAAAAUAUAUUGAAUGUAAUACAUUUAUGCAACAAUAGGAGUACAAUGCCUGCAUUGUUUUAUCUGGGAAGUGUACUGUAUUCUAAUCCUAUUGGGACCAUUGAGAAUUCAUGAAAAUGUGUUAAGGUCUCACUGUGAUGUAACAGGAUCAGGAGAGUCGGGUCUUAACUACACCCAACUGGUCAUUAUACUGACCAACUCAAGUUUGAUGGGGUGACACGAUCGUAGUUAAAGAGAGAAUUAAAACAGAAUGACCGAUUAACAAGUGUAUUCAUUCUCUGUACUUAUAUAGCUCCUAUCCCCCUAACCUUUGAGAAAGAUAGAGAAUGGAGAACAGAAAUCGGCCCUAAAUCCAGAGAAAAAAUAAUCCAAAAUUGUUUAAUGAAUUUUAGAUAUACUUAAGUAAUUCACGGGUACACAUAAUAAAACACAUUAAACCUGUAUAAUCAUUUCAUGUAUUCUUUACAAUGUUAAACCCCUGUCAUACUAGGGCCGCGUUCCCACGGCGUCCAAGAAAAAUCCAGAACACCAAUCUGCGUGCAGUGGAAUCGCAAGCAUCGCCGCGGCAACACAGUGGCAUCGCCAGUGAAUGCAGUGGGUUUGCAUAGAAUGCCGAAUGGCGUUCUCUGAGAUGACACUGUGUCUGUACCGCACUUAUACGGCGCCGUGACGUGAAGCGCCAUGAGAGCGCAGACAAUCGCCAACUAGAACUCCGUAGGAACGCGGUAGAACGCCAUGCAGCUCCUUAGAAACGCCAAGUUCACCAUGAGAACGCCGUGACAUUGACAUCUUCAUGAAAAAUAUCAACAUGAAAUAUAUCAAUUUUUAGUGCGAUCUCAGGGCGCUCUGGGAAAAUUUAACAACGCUGCGCAAUCGCAGUGGCAACACGGCUAGGUGUGACAGGGCCCUUAGCAAACUCUCCAAUGUAAUGAAAUUAUUUAUUUAUCUUAGCAUGAAAAGGAAUGAAUUGCUAUAUAUCAGAUAACAAAUCGAUAAUAGCCAUUUUUAUUAUAAAUAUGAUAACUUUAUUAAUGUUCCAUUAAUAUUUGUGGAAGUUGCUCAUUAUUUUGUUGUGGUAAUUUAUGUUAAUUAUGCAAUGUUUACUAAAUAAA